AUGUCAGCAGCGUCGCGAGUCUUCCGGAUCGUGUACAACUUCUUCUACUACUUCCUCUACCUCGUCCUGCUCGCCUUCCUCAUCGUUACGCCAGCCGACCUCAUCCACCAGGCUGUCCAGCGCCAACAGAACUACAACAUCCUCAUCAUUGCGCUCGCCUACCUCACAACCGUUCUCAUCAUCUCCUUCGUCUACGCCGCGCGACUCUACAUCAACCGCUCCGUGCUGGCCUCGAUCCCGAAAUCAUGGGUCCCGAUUGAGAAGGGCGAUGUCAAGACCGCCGUGCGCCAGGUCAUUGUCGAGGGCAUAAGCCGGAGCGCCGCUAUUGCCUACGAGGCGAGGCCACGGGUCUCGCCCGUGGCUCCGCCUCAGCAGCAGGAGCAGCAGCAUGAAACGGUAGUUGCGAUAGAGGAAAAGGCCUUACUGCCCAGCACCGAGAAGCGGGCGCUCCGGCUGCCAAAGCUGAGGAAGAGCGCCGCGUCUGACAGAGCCAGUGUCAGUAUCGAUCUCAUCGUCCCGCACCACAUUGAAGUAUGGGGCGAGAUCGAGCAUCCGGGCUGGGCACCGCCCACGUCCCCAGAUCUGCCAAACCUUCAGUAUGACGCUGUCAUAUCCGAGCUGCCACACCUAGUAGAGGCAAAGGCCCUCACGCUCGCCCCUCCAGAUCCGGAAUCCCAGGCCGAUCCGCCCUUGCUGGACCCAGAAGCCGUGGCGCUUCUGCAACGGCCAGAGAGCCUGGGGCUCCGCGAGUACCUGACACACUUGACCGAGCUGGGUGUGCUCGCGCCACCGCCCUUGAACGGCGAAUUCCUCGCCAAAUACGAGAGCGCGCGGUUUUCUUCUCGUCCCCUCACCAUUGAGCAGUUCCGCAACCUGAUGCAUCUCUUUGCCGACAUCUUGCGCAACAUGUAUCCUCUCAGUCCGGCGGCUUUGGCCCGCUACGACGACUCGGACGGUGACGACUCGUCUGCCCUGGAUAGCGACAUCGAUAACGAUGCGCCCCGUGGGGGCCAGAUCGACCCUCUGAGCACAGAUGGGCCAGCUGGCGGGGGCGGCGGAGCCAGUUUCCAGGCGCAUCGGCGACCCAGCUCGAGUACCGACAGCUCGGGUCGCCUGCGCCCGGGCAUGCCUAUGCGCAACUCUUCUGCCAACACUUGGCAGUUUCGGACCGCCCCGACGACGCCCAAGAGCCGCCAUACAGGCCUCUCGCGGGCGUCGAGCACCGACACCUUUGCCCAGACGAGACACCCCUACCCGGCCAGCCAGGCGUCUACUGCGAGCCUGCCGUCGACCGCAGGGGGGUCUGUCAUCCGGCUUGCCGGGAGCGAUGACGCGACCGGCCUGCCCUAUGUCCUGAUGCAUCCCCAGAGCCAGUGA